UUUGGGGCCAGGUGGAAGGGGCGGAGGUAUCCAGACACGGCCAGUGGUGGCUGUCCGACGGCCCCCCACCCCCUCCGCGCCGUGCAAGCCACACGGGAGCCGGGAGCGGACGCGAGCGGCGGGGCCUGCCGCAUUUCCAGCUCGGGCACAGCCGCGUGCGACUCCGGCGAAGGACCCCCCGGCGCUCAGUCCGAGAUCGGGCAGCAUGGAGCCGCAGGCGCGAGGUUUGUUGGAGACUGAUACACUGCAAGGAAGAGAUGAAGAUUCAGUAACCAGUGCUGACUUUUCUAACACUCUCUCUGAGGAGGAAAAGGAAGAAUUAAAGGCAGAACUAGUACAGUUGGAAGACGAAAUCACAACACUUCGACAAGUUUUAUCAGCAAAAGAAAGACAUCUGGUUGAAAUAAAACAAAAACUCGGCAUGAACCUGAUGAAUGAAUUAAAGCAGAACUUCAGCAAAAGUUGGCAUGACAUGCAAACUACCACUGCCUACAAGAAAACACAUGAAACCCUGAGUCACGCAGGGCAGAAGGCCACUGCAGCUUUCAGCAAUGUGGGGACGGCCAUCAGCAAGAAGUUUGGAGAUAUGAGGUCUCAUUCCAUUGGCUACUCCAUUCGCCAUUCCAUAAGUAUGCCUGCUAUGAGGAAUUCUCCUACUUUCAAAUCUUUUGAGGAGAGGGUUGAGACAACUGUCACAAGCCUUAAGACGAAAGUAGGCGGAACGAACCAGGGCAGAGGGAGCUUCGAAGAGGUGCUCAGCUCCACUGCACAUGCCAGCGCCCAGAGCUCUACCGGCGGCCCUCUGCGCAGUGACGAAGAGCUGAAGUGCUAGAAUCUUCCCGCCCCGACGUGCACCCCCACGUGAAAACCCUGGCCUCCACUCUGAUCUUCAAAUGCUCCCUCACUACCACCGACGAGUAAUAUAAUUUCCAUCUGUAUUUGUGUUGCUCAUGAGACACGCCUGACCAUCGCCCACUUGAGUUUUCAUCCUUUGUCAACUUUUCAAAUUGGUCCCCUGGAUAGAAAACAGGUUAUAACCCACUUCUGUAAUUCAACAAAGAGUUUCCAACCAUAGCUCUUAGUUUUGUUUCCGUUGUGCAUGUCUUGGAGGGCGUUCCCGUUCCUUCAGUUCCGUCCUCUCUGCAGGAUGGAGCGCUCACCAUCUCCAGAAAUGGCAGUACUCGCUGCACACUUCUUCGACUGCUUGUGAUCCCUCGCUCACAUCAAUUAUGUACGUUUAUUUAAGAAAUUAAAAUUAAUUGGUUUUAAUGAUGACUUUGAAUUCUUAAUUUAAGUCUUCAGGGCCAUGGCUGAACUUAAAAGGGGGUGUCUGUGGUUCUGCAGAUGCUAUAUUUAAAUCAGAUCCUGCUGAUUUGGUGAUGAGGAGGGGUUGAAAUGUAAGUAAUUGUAAGUGCAGCUUCCUAGGACUGCUAAAACUACCUCCAAUUCUGAACAUCUCUUUGAUGGUCAAUAAGUAGUGAACUCAGGAAGGAGAGCAAGUAGAAACUGGAGAAGCGAAGUUCUACAUUCAGUCCCUUUCUCCUGAAUAACAAUGAAUAUAGUCUUUUAGUAGUAGCUCUUAGGUGCAUUACUAGAUUUUCCUUUUUUAAAUGGGAUCAUUCAUUUGUUACCAGGGAGCAGAGAUAUAUCCUACAGAUAAUAUUUUUUAAAAUUUACAGUGAAGAGGCCUAUUGACUAAAAUUCACAAUUAAAAGUCUCUCUAUAUAAUCCACAUUAUAGAGAUAUAUGUAUUUUUAUGACAAUUUUCAUUUUUGAUUACAAAAGAGAACCGAUUUGUGACUUUUCUAUAAAACCAAUCUGAACAAUUCUAUUCAGACGAAUGCAGCACACCUAACUGAAGAUUCAGGUUAUGUACGUGUUCAAUAAGGCCUUGAAGUCUUAGUGAUAAUUUGGGGCAAUAAACUUAAGCCAGAACAGACAAAUAUGGACACAGAAGCCUUGACAGUAAGAAUCUGUAUCCUAAUUUAUCCAUCUAGUCUGUGAAUUGAAGCCAAACCUUGCUUUUGCUUUCCUGCUGUAUGCAGGUACUCAAUCUCUGUUCCAGUCUGCAGCAGCCUGUAACAUCUGAAAUGAUCUUCUGUAAAAUCACUGCUACCUACCGUGUUGAUCACAUGUAGCACACAGUAUAAAUGAAGUCAUGUUGCCAUGAAAAAAAUGUUUUCAUUCAUCAACCAUCUUCUGCAUACGACUGUCUCAGAGUUACAGUCUGAAAAUAGCAUAAUAAAAUUGGAUACAAGAACAACUAAGAAAAUGGGGGCUGGGAAUGAGGCUCAGUGAUGGAGCACAUACAUGCCCAGCACAUCCGAAGCUCUGGGCUGGAUGCCCACCACCAUGAAAACAGAGAGGAAAAUUAGUGUGACAGACUCAGCAUUUCAAAUUCAUUUUAUCAGUUUGUAAGUCUUCAACUUUCAUUUCUCAAUUCUUAAAGAAUUAUAUUCAUAUCCUAGUAGUUGAAAGAAAAACGUUCUUUAUUAUAUUUAGGCAGGGAGUAACAUAAUGGCCAUGGCACAGGUAGUUCUUUUCCAUUUUGCCAUAAGAUGUAUGUGAAUAAACUAUCACUCCAAUGAGCUAACGUUGAUGGCAGAUGAGUCAUCCUUGUUUAGUUUCAUUUUUUCUCAACAGCUGUUUUUCCCCUCGUACGUGUACAAGCUCAUUCCAACUUGAUUGACUGCUGAGUCUCUUUUUGUCCUGCUGACACCAGUUUACAUGCUGUAGGUUAAGUAUUCCACAAGUGCUAAAAGCUAUUGGCACACUGCAAAUGGAUAUAACCUUUACUCACAAAUCAAAAUGAUUCAGUUUGGUGCCAUGAACACAAAAAUGAUAGCAAAAAAACAAUAACAGGGGCUGGAGUGAUAGCACAGCAGGUAGGGCGUUUGCCUUGCACGCGGCCGAUCCGGGUUCAAAUCCCAGCAUCCCAUAUGGUCCCCUGAGCACCGCCAGGGGUGAUUCCUGAGUGCAUGAGCCAGGAGUGACACCUGUGCAUUGCUGGGUGUGACCCAAAAAGCAAAAAAAAAUAAAUAAAUAACAAAAUGUAUCUCAACACAUUUCUAUCUAAAUUCAGUCUAAAAUCUGAGUGUCAGUUGUGGUUAUACAAUAAACUCAUUAAAAAAAUAAAUAUGUGAAAUUUUGUAAUGUACCAUUUACCACUUUUUAAAUGCUAUCACAAUGAUGGGCAAUAGUCAUAUGUGCUAAAAAAGUUGAUCUUAAAUUCCUCUCUUAUAGACUGACUUCUGGUAGGUCACAUUCCCAAACUCUCUUUAGCCCUACAUGGUUAUUUUGACUACUUCUCAUUAAGAAUGGUAAAAUUCUUUAUUUUACCUUUCUGAAAAGGUUGAACAUUUUCAGGUUAUACCAUAAAGGAGUAUAUCAAAGUAAACAAAAAAAUAACCAUUUUUUCCACAGAAAAACAUUCUAGUCUCUAUGAAUAACAAGACUGGAAAAUUACCUAAAUAAAAGUUUCAGGUAUUAGGUA